AUGAUACAAUUUGAGAAAGUUUUCGUACUACUUCUGGCCAUAUAUUUGCCUACGUUUUUGGGCAAUUUACCAAAUGCAGUCAAUAGAAUAGUCGGUGGUGAAGAAGUAGGCAUUAAAUCAAUGCCUUAUGUAGUAGCAAUUACAAAUUCGGAUAAUAACGAUCGCUAUCCGGGCCGCCGAAGGAUUCUCAUCUGUGUUGGCAGUAUUUUAAAUGAAGAACUUGUCUUAACAGCGGCCCAUUGCAUCUAUGAUACACGUCCUUAUAAAUAUGGGGUGGUAUAUGGUGAAAAUUGCUUUUACGAGGGAAACCCAAUUGAAGUUGCUGAACUGUUUAUUCAUCCAAAGUAUUCUCUUCGCGUGAAGUAUGAUUAUGAUAUUGCUGGCUAUGGAGCCACGGAUGCAGCCAAUUUUGUGACAGAUGGCAAAUUACGCAGAGUGCAAGUUCCUAAGGUUGAAACAAAGAUUUGCAAGAAUGCUUACACUGAAGGGAAUAACGAAACCAAAGUCACGUCAAACAUGAUGUGUGCUGGCUAUGAGAGAACUUUCAAAGGCUUCUGUAUCGGUGACAAUGGGGGACCUUUGACUCAUAACCGUGUAUUGGUUGGGAUAGUAUCUUGGGGUCGUGGAUGUGGGACACCGGAAUAUCCUGGAGUUUACACUCGUGUCUCACAUGUUCUUGAAUGGAUAAAGACAGCGACUGAUACACUGACAUUUGAAACAUGA